GGGUCUCUUGUAGCCCAGGCUGUUCUCCAACACUAUGUAUGACCCUGGAUUCCUGGGCUUCGUGCCUCUACUCUAGGAGUCCUGGGAUUACAGGCAGGAUCCACCACACCGGGUUUAUAUGCGUGGUAGGAUCGAACCCUGGGCGUUGUGCAUGUUAGGCACUCUAUUAACAGACCUACAUCCACAGCCCUGGAAUGACAGAUGAGGAGGUGGGGAGCUGAGCGCCUGGCUCAGGAAGUUUUCUCAAAGCCACCAAACAGUCACGCAAAGCCCCAGACCAUGAACCAGAGCCCGGGGCGCAGCGACUUGUGGUGGUUAAGAAUUAAGUACCUAUCCACCCAUCCGCCACAGGUCUGCACUCAGCAAAAACGCUCGUCGCCUGAGGUUCAGGCCAUGUACUCCUACGUCUGCCUGCCGCCAGGGGAGGGCGUGUGGCCUCGGCUGCAGACCCUCACCUACACCUACCUCCCCGCCCCUCUGCUGCUGCCGCCCAUCCACACCCACAACUUCUGCAGCCGGCCGGCAGCGGAAUUCCGCUGCUUCCACGGUGCGGGCGCGGCUCUGGGCUCCACGCCGCCCUGGUGGCCCUUCCUGCCGCCGGGUGCCGCCACCCUUGGCUCCUCGUCGUCCGCCGCCGCCGCGGCCGGCGCGCAUGCACCAUCCCAGCCCGCGCCCGACGCCGAGCGCCGGGCACCGUGGCCCGAGGGCGGCAGCCUGCAGUUGCAGCUGCGCUGGGGACGCGUGGAGCGCACGCGGGGACCGGCCCUGCCGCUGCCAGACGCGGUGCGCCGCGACUUGCGGCGCGUGUACGGCACCUACCCGCGCACCGACGUGCGCGUCACCCAGCGCGGCGGCCAGUUCCUGGUGCGCGCCGCGCCGCGCGUGGGCGAGCCCGAGUACCGGGUGGCGCGGCGCGUUAUGCAUCGGCCGGCCGGCCGCGACGACGCGGACAGCGGGGACAGCCGGGCCGCUCCGGAGCCGGGGCAGCGUGGCCGCCCCAGGAAAAAGCAAGGUCUGCGCUGA